ACAAAUAUAUAAAAAUGUGACAUUUACUAAAUAUUUGUCAAUUGAAAAAAAAAAACAAAAAUAAAUCCGCGCUUUGAAAGCGCGGGUCAAAAUCUAGUUGGUUUUUAAAAGACGUGGUUUUGUGCUCUCUCACUCGCCGGUUUUUUUAACAAAUAUGAAAAAGGUGAAAAUAAAAAAAAAUCACAAAAAAUAGGGGUGGGCAAAAAAAACCCGAACCAAACCGAGUUAAACCAAACCAAAAUCUAUUAUCAAACCAUUUGGUUGAAGAUUUCUCCAACCCAAAGGGUUCGGUUCGGUUUGAUUUAAACCGAACCAAACCAAAAACUGAUGUGUUUUUGUAAUUAUUUAAAUUAAAAAUAUUAGUAAUACCAAUAUACUAAAAUUAUAAUACUAAACCUACGUGUUUUCCAUUUUUCAUUCAUUGGCAUAUAUUUUUCUAACCUAAUAUUAAUCAUCAAAAGAUUUAGUUUUAAAAAAUAGAAAAGUAAGCACUAUAGCACUAUGUAGAAGACAUUCUAUAUAGAGAUAAUAAUAAUCUUUUGAAAUAUAAAAAUAGUCAUAUGCUUUGAAACAUUAUGUUUUAUGUUCUAGUUGGUGAAAAGAGUAUACUAGGUUUAUGAUAAUGGAAUCAUGGGUUUAGACUUAGAGUAAUAAAGAUAUAAAUAAAUACUCGUAUAAUUUGUAUAUAAUAUAUACUAGUUAUUGAUUUGUUGCAGUUUUUUUUUAUGAUAUCAUAUAGAAGAUAUUUCAUUACAGGUUUUUUAAUGAUAUAAGACUACUUACAAUGGUUCGGUUCGUUGUAAACCAUUUUACAACAGUUGAAAAAAUUAAUCAUACUCCAAUAGUUUGUUGUAAUAAAAAAAAAAGUGAUGUGGCGUGAGGUGGCAAAUUUAGUGUUGAAAACUUUCAACAUCCGUGAAAGUAGAAAGAAGAGGAUUAAUGUGACAAGUGUUGUAUUAUGAUUGGUUGCUUUGAUUUUCAUGUUUUUUUUCCAUCUCAAUUAUAUAACUUCAAUUAUUUCAUAAUAUUUACAAAUAAAUAUAUCAAAAUUUAUAUCAAAAUUUAUAAUUUUUCAUUCUCUAUAAAUAGAGACCACUUUCAUUUGAUUUGGACACAGAAAAAAAAACAGUCUUUACACAAAAAAUGGUGGGGUAAGGUGUUAUUAUUUUAUUAAACAAAACUAUUGUAGAGAGUAAAAGUUAUGUAAAUGUUGAAUAAUGAUGUGGAAGAGAGAGAAGAUGAGGUGGAGUGUUAAAAGAAAAAAAUUGUGUGUUGUAAAUGAGUAACCAUUGUAGAUAGUUUAAGACCAUUUACAAUAGACAUAUUGAAUAAAUAUUUCAACAGCUUAAACCAAUGUAGUGGGGAGUUGAAUUAAGAAAAAAUACAGGUGGAGUAAACACCCCUUGAAGAACUUCAACAUGUUGAAGAAAAAACAGAUAGGACCCACACUGCUAUAAAUUAUAUUUUCAUUGGUUAUUUACAUUUUAGUGUUUUUCUAUUUUCACCAUAUUCUUAGAACUCAAUUAUUCUAUAAAAACAUAAUUUUUUAAAAACUAAAAAUUAUAGCAAAAAUUCAUCAUUUCUUAUAGUCUAUAAAUAGAGAUUACUUUCAUUUAAUUUGGAUAUAUCUUAAAAAUGUCACUUUUUCUUUAUAAUUUUAUUUUUUAUUUUUAAUCAAGUGUUUUGGUAUUCUUAAACUUUUUUUUUUUUUGCUAAAUAGAUAUUCAUUAUAAUCUGUUAAUGUCUUAAAUAAUUAUUAAUAUGUAGCUACUAAAUUAUAAUUGAUGUAAGUGUGAAUUAAAAAUAAUAAAGUAGGAUGUUGAAAUUUAUUAAACAAAACUAUUGUAGAGUAUAAAAAUGAAAUGAGUGCUGAAUAAUAUGUGGAAGAGAGAAAAGAUGACGUGAAGUACUAAAACUUAAAAAGAGAAAAAUAGGGUGUUGAAUAAACCAAACAUUGUUAUCAGAGGCAUUACUAUUGAUAUUGUUUUGUUUUUUUACUUUAGUUAAUUUUUACUUAUUUUAAUUCUUAUAUACUUUUUGUGAUUUUUUAAAGUUUUUUUCAGUUUUAUACUGAAUUGAGUUCACACUACUUAUGUUUACAUAAUUUAUGUUUUAAAACAUAUUUUUCUUUAAAAAAAACUAAAGUAAAAAGAACCUAACUAAACCGAUCAAAUAAACCGAAUUAAAUACAAACCAAAUUGAUUACAAACCGAACCGAACACAAAACGAAACGAACACAAACCGAACAAAAUUAACCAUGGUUUACUUUAGUUGAAAAAAAUACUAGAACCGAACUAACCAAACUGAACUGAACCCGAACCGAACCGAGAAAAUAACUGAAGUGCCCACUCCUGUCAAAAAGUGAGGCGUGUAAUUAACUUGCUGUGAGAGUCGGUACUAUUAAAACCUAAAUUUGAACCAUUAAACUUUUUAAAAAUAAUUAAAAGAAUCAUGUAUAUAAUUAUAUCAUCACAAAACCUAAAAGACAAAAUCUUAAUUGCUGCUUUAGGAUUUCUAAUGGCGAUGGCGGAUGAUUCUAAGAGUGUCGUGUGUAUUUGCUGUGAUAGGAAGGUUGUAGAAGUUGAUCCCAAGACAUGGAAGUUGUUCAAUGAGAUGGUUCCAAAGGAACGAUACGAUGAGCAAAUUGAGCCGGUGGAGAUGCCCCAUGUGAAAAGCACAGUCCUCAAGAAGCUUUUAACCUACAGCGUGAGGAUCAGUGAUACCACUUGCUCCUCGGACGUGCUGAAGACUUGGAUUUAUGACGAGUUCCUACACGGUGAAGAGCGCCUGACCAGUCUCAUGGACCUUAUCAAGGUGGCUGAUUAUCUGGAUCUUCAGUCAUUGUAUGCUGGUGUCAUCCAGUAUGUGGAGGACAAAUCACAAGAAGAAAUAUCCUAUAUGGUACGCAAUGAAGAUCUCAGGAGUCUCCUCAAGAUUGUCAAGUCGGCUCUUUAUUACCUGGAAGAGACUGAGAAGCUCUGGUCUGCUGUGCGGUCCCUUUUAAUGAAAUCAAAAGAAGAGUUCUCCCAGAUGAUUGCCAAAGAAGAUAUCCUCGGUUUGAUCAAAUUGAUCGAGGUGGCUAAGCCCUUGUCUUAUGAGAAACUGUGCAAAGCUGUGCACAACCUUAUCCUCAGUAAAUCCAUAGACCAGCUUUCCCUGGAAAUCCAUAACCAAAACCUCAAGGCUCUCAUCAAAAUUUUCAGGGUGGCUAGAGCUGAGAAACUUCAGACACUCCAAGACAUGGUGGUCCAAUAUGUCUUCGAUAAAUCAGAUGAGGAGUUGGUCCAGAUGGUAAGCACCGAAUUACCUUGCUAUCAGUCCAUCUACUUGGACGUGGCUCAGUAUCUGCGAGUGGGCACCACUGAAGCUGAGGAAAUAUUUAAUUGGCCCUCUAACGAGACAUUGAAUCAAAAAAUUCCCAUCGAGGAGGAAGCUGGGGAUGGUAGCAAAAAGAAGGAUGGAUGGAUGGCAAAAGAAGAAGAGGACCAAGACUAACAAGUUGAAGUUGGUACCAUGCAUACGUAAGAAGCCAAGUACAAAAAAGCUUAGCUUGAAGAAGGAUCUCUCGGAUAACUAAUCUCAUUAAACGAGAUAUUUAAUGUUUUUAUAUUUUGAAUAAGAGAUCGACUUGAGCUCUAAUUUUAUCUUAAUGCGUUUUCAAUUAUAUCGUCACAUUCAAAUAGUAGUUAGACACUUUAUUUAACUGUUUUGAAGAUUUUAAAAAUUUUAAAUAAUCUUGUAAGACUUAUUUAUGCUUUGCUUUGUCGGAUUGUUAUCUGAGUAUCUCCAUUCUCAGAGAGAAACAAAUUUGGCUUUUGUUUGCAUUUGCGUUAGUCUGCUAUGAACUUUUGAGUAAUCAGGUUUAAUGUUAU